AUGGGUACCGGGACAACUCCCCACAUCGAAGUAAACUCGGGCGACGAAUACCCCUUCAGGGAUGCAGAGGAAAGCUACGCCAACGCAUCAUCCCAGAACCUGAUCGGCCGCGCCCUAACCCCCGGACUCCAAAUUCCACCCAUUCCACCGUCUCCCUCUUCAGCAACCGGAACUUUUCACAGCAGUUUGGCUUCUCCUACCUAUCCCCAGGAAUCUUCAGAGUUCCUGAUUCCCCCGCGACCGUUGCAUCGUCUUCGCGAUGAGCUGGACCAGCAGACUCCAACUCGUUCGCCGGACUUGUCUAUCAUGCCAUCGCGACGGACAAGCUGGAGCUCCGCGGUGGGAAGCCAUGAUACUCGGACGUAUGGAUUCAAUCCUUUUAUGGACUCGAGGGCCCCGUCAAGGUCGGAUAGCUAUGACAGCGACGUGAAUACGCAGACGGUGUCGGAAAAGUACAACAUCAUGCCGACGGAGGGGCUGUUGCUAUUUCCGGAGGAUGUGGAGAAGGAUGAUUAUUUGCAUAACCCCGAUGCUGGAGAGAGAGACCGUCGAUGUGACUUGUUUAAUCGACGGGGUAUUCUGAAUAUUGGAGGAUUGACAUUGUUGACGUUGGGGUUUUUGACCUUGUUUAUUGGGUAUCCUGUUAUAACUGCAUUCAAACAUAACGGAAAGCAAGGAAACUGUGAUCCUGGAGACACAUUAUGUCUGGAUGUUGGCGAGCGCCCGAUACUGUCGAAUCUUCGCACGGGUCUCGUUGAUCCGGACACCCCGGAGUCGGUGAUGUCCAAGAAGGCGGCAGAUGGCAAGGAUUGGAAGUUGGUGUUCUCGGACGAAUUUAAUACCGACGGGCGAACAUUUUACGACGGGGACGACCCGUACUUUCAGGCGAUGGACUUUUGGUAUGGUGUGACGCAGGAUCUGGAGUGGUACGACCCCGACGCGGUGACAACAAGAGACGGCGUCUUAGAAAUCCGCUUCGACAAAUUCCCCAACCACGAACUCAAAUACCGUUCUGGCAUGCUUCAAUCCUGGAACAAGAUGUGUUUCAAAGGCGGCCGCCUCGAAGCUAGUAUCUCACUUCCUGGUGACGGGAGUGUAUCUGGUUUCUGGCCCGGUUUCUGGGCUAUGGGCAAUUUGGGUAGGCCUGGCUACCGAGCUACCACAGACGGCAUGUGGCCGUACAGUUACUACGACGAGUGUGAUGUUGGUAUUACGCCUAACCAGAGUUCGCCUGAUGGUCUUAACUUUCUGCCUGGAAUGCGUUUGCCUGCUUGCACAUGUAAAGGUGGUGAGCACCCGAGCCCGGGGCAUUCGCGCGGUGCGCCAGAAAUCGAUGUUAUCGAAGCCAGCGUUGCACCGUUGAACGGGGAUGGAAAGGUUGUCGGAACAGUGUCGCAGAGUUUGCAAAUGGCUCCGUUUGAUAUCUGGUAUAUGCCAGAUUAUGACUACGCUGCCGUCUACGAUGAAUCAAUCACAUACAUCAACGACUACCGUGGUGGCCCUCUGCAACAAGCGAUGUCCGGAAUGACCACAUUAAACAACAAAUGGUAUAACGGCACCUCCUACCAAACCUACGCCUUUGAAUACGCCCCCGGCGAAGAGGGCGAGGUCACCUGGUUCGUCGGCCAAGACAAGACUUGGACACUCGAUGCUCGCGCCCUAGGCCCCAAUGGUAACAUCGGUCAACGCGUGAUCCCCAAAGAGCCCAUGUCGAUCAUCAUGAACUUGGGUAUGGCGUGGAGUUUCGCGCCGAUUGACGAGAUCAUCUCUAAGUAUUUCCCGGGGUACAUGAGAUUCGAUUAUGUGCGAAUCUAUCAGGACCCGGAUGAGGUGAGUGUUACUUGUGACCCGCCGGGCUUCGAGACGACAGAGUACAUUGAGAAGCACCCGGUGGCGUAUCAGAAUAUGAAUGUGACGUCGUGGAAUGAUGCCGGGUACGAAUGGCCCACGAACUCGUUCAUGCAUGGAUGUCCUGCUUGAGAUUUUCUUUCUUUUUUUCUCUUCGCUUUCUCAUUUUGUUCCUUUAAUCACUUCGGAUCCUCCGGUCCUCUGGAGGACCGUUCAGCGGCAUCAUGGCGUCGGGCGUUUAUCGGAUAUGUUGGAUGUUGAACUGUCUGUGUAUAUUAUCUUUUCUUCACAUUUCCCCCUUUUCUCUCACUCGAUCUCUUUUUAUCUCUUAACAUGCCUGAAAAUUUGCGCCAUUUUGACCAUUUCAUGCAUCCUGUCCCAGAACAACAUCCUGACCUCGAACUCGAACAUGACAUUGACACUGGAGCACGAUCGAGGGCUAAGCUGCCACUAUACAUAUACAGAGCAGUACAAUAUUAAUCGAUGCAUUUGCCAAC